AUGAGUCUCCAACAUGGUAAUUCCAAUCAAGCGCCUCAUCCCUUGGAUGACUCUAUGCACAAAUCAUCACAGCACCCAGGAGACGUUCUCACCAAGGGCGAGGGCACCGAAAUAGAUCAUGGUGCAGAUACAGGGGGUCUUCAUCGAUCCCUUGGAACCCGCCAUCUUACGAUGGUUGCCCUAGGCUCAGCAAUCGGUAUGGGCAUGUGGCUGGGCAGUGGCACAUCUCUUACCCAGGGUGGUCCAGCUAGUCUGUUCAUUGGUUUCCUGUUAAGUAGUUCUAUGAUAUGGGCAGUCAGUCAGUCCAUUGGAGAGAUGUCUGUCAUAUAUCCUCUCCCAGCUGCCUUUGUGCAAUGGUCGACGGUUUUCAUUAGCCCAGCUGCAGGGUUCGCAUUGGGCUGGGGCUAUUGGUUUUCCUAUUGGAUCACAAUCGCCAACGAGCUCCAGGGCGUGGUUACAGUCUUGAACUAUUGGACAGAUGCAGUACCAGCAGCAGGAUGGAUCUCGAUAUUCUGGGUUGUUAUCAUUCUUAUUAACGUCUGGGCUGUGCGAUUCUUUGCCGAGGUUGAGGUUUUCUCUUCCACUGUGAAGUUUAGCUGGAUGUUCAUUGUCAUCAUCGCACUUCUUGUGGUCACUGCCGGAGGUGCACCGGAAGGGGGAGCCAUUGGCUUCAGGUAUUGGAACGAACAGCCAUUCCGUAAUGGCUUCAAAGGUUUUUUGACUGUUGUGCCGACCUGUGUGUUUGCAAUGGCGGGUUCAGAAAAUGCUGCACUGGUAGCCACAGAGGUUGCUAACCCUAGAAAAUCAGUUCCCAAGGCUAUUGGGUCAAUCUGGAUACGCUUGGCUAUAUUUUAUAUUCUGGGAAGCCUCAUGAUCACACUAACAGUCGAUCCAAAUGACCCUAAUUUAUUCGGUGGCUCCGGUAGCAACGCUUCACCAUUCGUGAUUGCUUUCCAGAGCGCUGGAUUACCAGUGAUGUCUCAUAUAACAAAUGCUGUCAUCUUUGUGUCCGUGAUCUCGACCGGAAGUAUAUCUGGCUACGGCGGCUCCCGUAUGCUCAUGGGCCUGGCGCAUGUGCAAAUGAACCACCGGGUAUUUGGCAAGGCUGAUAGUAUGGGGCGUCCAUGGGCUGGCUAUAUUGCCACGAUUGGUAUUGGCGGCGGGCUUGCCUAUCUCAACGUAUCGAAUACUGGCGCUGAGGUCUUCGGGUGGCUUUCCAGUCUCGUUUCACUGUUGACUCUCUUUGGAUGGGGAAUGAUUUGCCUCUCUCACAUCCGAUUUCGUCACGCAUGGAAAAUCCAGGGUCGUGAUGAAAAGCAUCUUCCCUGGCAGACAUGGACCUAUCCCUACGCUGCGUGGUGGGGACUUUCGUGGUGCAUCGUCAUCAUUUGCGUGGAGUUUUACCUGAGCAUAUGGCCUCUUCAUGAGCCUACCACGGCCAAAAACUUCUUUGCAAAUUACAUCAGCGUGGUAGCGGUCAUUUUCAUUUGGAUUGGAGCACACAUUUGGUAUCGAUGCCCACUCUGGGUCGAUGCAAGCCAAAUCAACCUCGAUGGCUUCCGAAGAUUCUACGCAGCGCCUAGUGACGAAGAGUCCGCCCCAGUCAAAAAGGGCAUGAGAGAGAAACUAGGCGUUCUCUUCGAGUAG